AUGUCAUUUGCUGAAAAAGUCAAUUUGACAACAGGCACUGGAUGGGGGUCAGGUCCUUGUGUUGGUAAUACUGGCAGUGUUCCAAGAUUAGGAAUCCCCAAUCUUUGUCUUCAAGAUGGUCCUAAUGGAGUUCGAUUUACUGAUUUUGUCACACAUUUCCCAUCAGGAUUAGCAACUGGUGCCACAUUUAAUAAAGGAUUAAUGUAUCUUCGUGGAAAAGCUAUGGGCAAAGAACAUAAGAAAAAGGGAGUCCAUAUCGCCUUGGGUCCAGUGAUUGGUCCCAUGGGAUUGAAAGCAGCAGCAGGUCGUAACUGGGAGUCAUUUGGUGCUGAUCCAUAUUUGCAAGGAAUUGGUGGUGCUGCCACAGUUGAAGGAUUACAGGAUGAAGGUGUAAUAGCAACAGCAAGACAUUUAGUUGGUAACGAACAAGAACAUUUUCGACAAGUUGGAGAAUGGGAUGAAAAUGACUGGGAUCGUCUUCAAUGUUCACUUAGUGCCAAUAUCGGUGAUAGAGCAAUGCACGAGAUUUAUCUUUGGCCAUUUGCUAAUGUUGUUAGAGCGGGAGUAGGCAGUGUAAUGUGUGCCUAUAACCGUAUCAACAAUACUUAUGCUUGUGAAAACUCGUAUUUGUUGAAUUAUCUAUUGAAAGCCGAAUUGUCAUUCCAAGGAUUUGUAGUAUCUGAUUGGGGGGCUCAACAUACUGGGGUCAGUUCUGUACUUGCUGGACUAGAUAUGACAAUGCCUGGAGAAGUGUUUGACGAUUGGCUAACGGGGAAAUCUUAUUGGGGUCCAUUAUUGACUCGUGCUGUGUACAAUGGUACCAUUAGUCAAGAGCGAUUAAACGAUAUGGUAAUGAGAAUAUUGGCUCCCUUUUUCGCUCUUGAGAAUGUUCAAUUACCACUGGAAGAUGAUAUACCUAAUUUUAGCUCAUGGACUCAUCAUACAUAUGGCCAAGAGUUUCCUUAUCAACAUUAUGGUCCCAUAGUGCAAAAAAACUGGCAUGUGGAAGCUCGUUCUGAAUUUAGUGAUAAUACUGCAUUGACAGUGGCAAGAGAAGCCAUUGUUUUACUUAAAAAUAGUGGACACAAUUUACCAAUUGAUAAAAAUGAUGGGGUGAGACGACUCUUCAUAUCGGGACAAGGUGCUGGACCGGACUCUAAGGGGUUUAAUUGCAAAGACCAGAGAUGUGUAAAUGGUGUAUUGACAAGUGGUUGGGGGUCAGCAGCUGUUGGGAAUCCAUUUGUAAUCACCCCCUAUGAGGCAAUAGCCCGAAAGGCCAGAGAACGAGGCAUUGUUGUUGAUUAUUGUCGUGAUAACUGGGAUUGUGAAACUAAUGCUGAUUUAGCCGAUUAUGCUGAUCUAUCAAUUGUGUUUGUCAAUUCAUUUUCUGGUGAAGGAUAUGUGUAUCUUGAAAAAAAUUUUGGAGAUAGACAAAACUUGUCGUUAUGGCAUAAUGGAGAUGAAUUGAUUGAAAAAAUUGCUGAUAAAUGUCAUAAAACAGUGGUUGUUGUUUCAUCAACGGGGCCGGUUAAUAUGGAACGAUGGAUUGAACAUGACAAUGUUGUUGCAGUAGUAUUUGCACCACCUUUAGGGCAAUUUGUUGGUCAGGCCAUUGCUGAUGUAUUAUUUGGUGAUGUUAAUCCUUCAGGGAAAUUACCAUUUACUAUAGCUCGGAAAAGACAACAUUAUGUGCCAAUUAUUGAUGAUUUAACUGCUGGUGAUAUGGAACCUCAAGAUAAUUUUGAUCGAGAUAUUUAUUUAGAUUAUCGAUUUUUCGAUAAACAUAAUAUUAAACCUCGAUUUGAAUUUGGAUAUGGAUUAUCUUUUACCAAUUUCAAAAUUUCCAAUUUAAAGAUCAAUGAAAUCAAUCCACCUUCGGAAUAUUUGCCUUAUCCUAUGGAAUAUUUACCAAUUAUUAAAACUGUGGAAGAUGAUGUUUGUGAUCCUGAAGAUGCAUUAUUCCCUCAUGAUGAUUUUGAUCCUAAUCCUGGGUAUAUAUAUCCAUAUUUAUAUAAUGAGAAUGUGCGACUGAUUGAUGAAGAAGAUACUUUUGAAUAUCCUGGAGAUUAUAAUCCUGAUCAAGCAACGUCACCUCCAUUAGCUGGUGGUACUCUUGGUGGUAAUCCUGCCUUAUGGGAAGUUUUAUAUGAAGUUAGUGUUGAAAUCCAAAAUGUUGGUAAAAUCAAAGGAGGAUAUGUGAGUCAAUUAUAUAUUGAAUUUCCUAGUACAUUAUUAAUAUCACCACCUAAAGUAUUACGAGGAUUUGAAAAAGUGUUUUUAGAAUCAGGGAAAUCAACAAAAAUAUAUUUCAAUAUUUUACAUCGAGAUUUAAGUAUAUGGGAUUCUGAAUCUCAACAAUGGAUUAUACAAACGGGGACUUAUAAAAUAUAUAUUUCUUCAACUAGUCGACGGGUUGAAUUAUGUGGAGAAAUUGAUAUUGGGUGUUAA